AUGGCGGCCCCUCGUCCGCUCACCUUCCCUUCCACCUCUCCAUCAACAGCAAUGUCCAGGAAACGUACUGCCGACGACAUGGAACAAGAAACGGAUUCCGCAACUGGCCUUAUCCAACUUAGCCGAAGUGGCGAUAUCAUCUUCGAGGUCGGAAUGGGCGAGGAGCAGCGCCGGAUCCAGGUGUCUUCGGCACUUCUCACUAUGUUUUCAACAGCGUUCGUAGCACCCUUGGGACCUCAUUUUCGCGAGGGUCGCAAUCUCGGCGACGCCCAAAACCCAGCCACCAAACCGCUUCCCGAAGACGAGCCAGAAGCCAUGUCCGACCUCUUUCGCCUGCUUCACCACGUCCCGGUCCCAGCCUUGGCCACUGGUAGAGAUGCCAAACGCAUCUUCGCGUUUGCUAGAGCAGCCGACAAGUGGUGUUGCAGUGAGAUACUCGGCCUCCAGGCCCAGGGAAUGCUGCUCGCUGCUCGACUUCGACUGAAGGAGAAGUUCGGACGUUACGAAUUUCACCUGCUCCAGCUCAUCGCGGCAAGUUACCUCUUCAAUCAGGAUCAGCUCUUCGCUAGCCUCGUGGGGAUGUUGAGACUGUCUUCUAAGGAAUCGUUCCUGGAUCUGUGCAUCAAAAUGGACGAUGCGACUCUUCCAGAGCAUUUCUAUCGUCCGUAG